AUGAUCUCAGACGGCGAUGGGCUUGCCUCGAAUGGAACGCCGAGGACCUACUCCAACGGCGCCAGGGUGGACCCCCCGCUCUCCUCGUCUACGAAUGGAGCUCGUAAGGCCGCUGCCAUGAACGGCUCCUCCCGCUCGGACAAGGAAGCCCCGCCAUCCGCACCCUCGACGUAUCAUGGUCAUGAUCGCGAGGAGGUUACGCGCAUACUCAUCCAGGCGCUGUCCGACAUGGGAUAUCAUGGCGCCGCCGAGAGUGUCAGCAGGGACAGCGGUUACGAACUGGAAAGCCCGACAGUCGCAGCCUUCCGCAAUGCCGUCAUUAACGGCGAGUGGGGUCAGGCCGAGGAGCUCCUCUUCGGAGCCGUCAUGUCUGAUGAUCGUGGUCAGCAAGGGAACGGUUUAGUGCUGGCACCUGGAUCGGACAGGAAUGUUAUGAGGUUUUGGUUGCGGCAGCAAAAGUUCUUGGAGCUUCUCGAGCAGCGUGACACCAGCCGAGCCCUGAUGGUACUCCGCACCGAGCUCACGCCGCUCUACCAAGACACGCAGAAGCUUCACUUCUUGUCCAGUCUUCUCAUGUGCCAAUCUACAGAGGACUUGAAGACCAAAGCAGAAUGGGAUGGUGCCCACGGCCAGUCAAGGAAGGUGCUGCUGUCAGAGUUAUCCAAAUGCAUAUCCCCAUCAGUUAUGUUACCAGAAAACAGGUUGGCUGUUCUUCUGCAGCAAGUGAAACAAAGUCAAAUUGACAGUUGUCUUUGGCAUACCACCGCAUCUUCACCGUCAUUAUAUUCAGAUCACUAUUGUGAAAGAAGUCAUUUCCCCACUGAGGUUGCUCUGGAUUUAACAGACCUGAAUGGCGAAGCUUGGCAAGUACAAUUUUCACAUGAUGGCAAACGUCUGGCAGCGUGUGGAAGUGGAGAAACCGUCGUCAUUUGGGAUCUGCCGUCGUUUUCAGUUUCACAAGUCCUUCGCCCACAUGCGCAUGGUGUAGGCAACUUUUCAUGGAGCCCCGACGACACCAUGCUCGUGACUUGUUCUCAGGACAAGUUCGCUCGCUUGUGGGAUACUACGACCGGAGAGCUGCUUGUAAAACUCGAACGUUUCGAGGAGCCAGCCAGUGGUUGCGUCUGGGCGGCGGACAGCAAAAGCUUCAUCACUGGAUCCUUGGACAAGCAGCACGGCUUGCGUACUUGGAGCACAUCAGGAGAAAUGUUGUGCGAAUGGGGCAAGAAGCAUAGAGUACAGGACCUCUGUGGCUCCCCUGAUGGCCACUGGCUGGUAGCCGUCGACGACGUGCAGAAGAUUCACGUCUACAAUGCUACCAACCGUGAACUGGAAUACGAGAUGGAGCUAAAGGCAAGACCAACCUGUGUGAGCAUCAGCGAGGACUCCCGCCAUCUGCUUGUCAACAAGAAGGAUGGCGAGGUGCAGCUGAUCGACUUGGCGACCCGGACCUCGGUACAGAAGUUCCUGGGUCAUACCGGAGGCGACUUCCUCAUCAGGAGCGCAUUUGGAGGUGCCAACGAGAGCUUUGUCGUCAGUGGCAGCGAGGAUGGAAACAUCCUCAUUUGGCACAAAAACAGCGGUGCUGCAGUGGAAAGGCUCCAAGGACAUGAACCGCGCACUAAUGCCGUUAGCUGGAACCCAGAAGAUCCAUGUAUGCUGGCGUCGUGUGGCGACGAUGGAAAAGUGAAAGUGUACGUUCACUGCAUCGCAGAUCGCUGCCUUUGCGCUAACAACUCACAGCUGGUCGAACAAGAAUCGAAGUGCGGCUAUCAGAUCAUUACACAGCAGUGCCACAAGGAGCUCGAAUGGUUGGAGAGAAGAGGAACGAACUGA